AUGUUGGGCGGUAUGGAGCACGACGAGAAUUCGCGUCCGGCCUCUCAGCUGAUUGCUGGCUUUGCUUCCCCUUCAACUCCCUCGGGGCCUCCGGCGGCUCGGCGGAGCGUGCUUCGUCAAUCACGUCGCUCCUCCCAGCCGAUUUCAAUACCCGCUCCAGUUCACGAUGUCGAGAAAGAUGAGUUGCGUGUGCAAGUCAGCACUCUCCGUUACGAGCUGGAAAAUAUUAAGCAAGAGCGGGAUCUUCAGACUCUUCGAUACGAGAAGGAGUCCCGAGAUCUGCAACUGAAGUGGGAUGCCGAUUUUCGAAAGGCACAGGCUGCUGAAUCUGCAAGCAAUCGGGCGACCCUCAAAGCUGAAGCCUCCGCCAAAGAAUUGAAUGAAGUCCAAGAGCAAGCCUUGAUUGAAAAGGCUUCGCUGGAGAGGAAGAUCCGGGCUCUCCAGGAUGAGAAACAGGCCUUACAGGAGGAAUGUGACGAGAGCCGGGCUCAGGCAUCUGACCAGGAGCGACAAUUCAAGUACCAGAUCAACGAACUCGAAACGGUCCGCGCUUCGCUUCAGAAAACAAUCGAAGAGCUUCAGAAUGACCUCCAAGAUGCUCGAAAUGCGCAACAAGCAACACAAGAAAGAUUAGCCGAACGCGAAGCAGAGGUAGCUGAACUCGAAGCAGAGAAUAUCCGUCUUAAGUCAGAAGGGAAUGAUGCUGAGUCAAUGGCAGUAUUCAAGCGACAGUUGUCAGAACAGGUCAAUCAUAUCCGCGACUUGGAAACGACGAACCGAGAACAGGCUUCGGAACUACGACACCUCCGAAAGGUUCAGAAGAACGUCGAGGUUGUUGAGGAACAGAAGAGAUCGCUGGAAAAUCAACUACAACUUAUGAGUGGCCUCGAAGCAGAACUCAAUACAUUGCAGUUCCAGAAACAAGCUCUAGAGGAUGAGCGGCAAUCCUGGACGAUGCUCCUACAGGGCGAUGAUGGAUCCGCAGAAUUUGACAACCCAGAGGCUGUUGUGAAGGCUCUUAUGGAGGAAAGAAUCGAAAAGGCUGCAAUGGUUGAUAAGCUCGGUCUUGUCGACGCUCAAUUUUUGGAGAAGGACGAAGCGAUCAAGAACUUGGAAGACGAGACAACAAAGCUUAACAAAGAAGUCGAAAGUUUGCGCGCUGCUGGAGGAGCUCCCGCUGACACCCGAGCCCGCCAGCGGUUGGAACGAUUGCGUGCGCUAGCCGUAAAGGAAGUCGAAUACCUACGUGCACAGCUGAAAACUUUCGAUGAGGAAGAACUCACCAUGAACGGCGAUGAGAAUCAAUUCGACGCCAAAAAGUCAGAACAGAUCGCCCAGCUGCAGCAACUUGUGGACGAGUAUCGUGGCGAACUGCAAAAAGCCCACGAAGAGUUAUCCAAGCAGGAGGCCCCGCCUCAACAAGAACAACCAACCCGUGGAACCAAACGCCCUUUUUCAUCUGCGGAUAGCGAGAAUGAGAGCGAGCGAAUUGCUGGUCUAUCGAGAAAACUUCGCAAAAUGCAAGACGCGCUGGGCAAAUCUGAGCAAGCCAGAACUCUUGUCAAGAAGGAGUUGGAAGCCGCUAAAGCUCAAGUAAAGUCGCUUCAAUCGAAAUCCCGCACUCGUGUGCUUGAACUGCGAGACAACCCAACUGCCGAAGUAGAGAAGAUCAAGAUGUCGACCCUCCGCACUCUUAAGGCCGAAAACCGAGAUCUGCUAGCCCAGCUCCAAGGAGAUCAUGCUAACGUGAAAGUUGUGCCUGUCAGCACACUUGAGAGCCUCAAACUCGAGUUACAAGAGAUGGAACGGUUGGUUGCAGACAAAGAAAAGACCAACCGUCGACUCAAAGAAGUAUAUGCGCUGAAGGCGAUCGAGUUCCGAGAAGCCGUGGCGUCUUUACUCGGGUAUAAGCUUGAUAUCCUUCCCAGCGGUCGUGUCCGUGUCACAUCGAUGUUCCACCUGUCUGCCGCGUAUCGACAUGGUGAUCCUAGUGCCUCGUCUGACUCUCGCGGACCUGGGAGCAUGGGUAACGGGGGAGAAAACUCAAUCGAGUUUGAUGGCGAGAACGGAUCAAUGAAGCUAAUCGGAGGAAACAACACCCUCUUCGCCAUGGAGAUCAAACCCCUCCUCAAGUUCUGGGCCCAGGAAAGGAAAGACAUACCAUGCUUCCUUGCAGCUAUGACUUUAGAUUUCUAUGAUAAAACCACUCGGGCAUCUAGAGUAUGA